AUGGCAACCUAUCUUGUCACUGGAGCAACAGGCGUCCAAGGCGGCGCAGUGGUUUCCGAACUGCUCGCCGCCGGAGCGACAAUCCACGCCGUGGUGCGGGAUCCCACAAGUGCGAAAGCUGCCGCUCUUCGUGAAAAGGGCGUCGUUCUAUUCCAAGGCACCCAUGAAGAGCCGGACACGGCGUUCCGAGCUGCCGCCGCAGGAUGCACCGGUCUGUUUCUGAACCUCUCCAUCUUUGAGCCUGGGAAGGCCAGGGCCCAAGCAGACGCCGUGACAAAAGCAUGCAAGGCCGGUGCUGGAAACAGCCUCACGAGCAUAGUCCUCUCAUCAACGUCCAGGACGAUGGAAAUGAGCACGCAGCCCAGCACAACAUCUGCAGUCCAUCCGUGGCUGGGUCUGUACUACACGGCGAAAGCUGAAGUCGAAGCAGCAGUGCGCGACAGUGGGAUCCGGGACUACACCAUCCUCCGUCCACCAAUAUUGAACCACGAUUUUUUCCUGCCACAUUCCGCUCAUUCGCAUGGCUUCCCACACCUUCCGCGGUCAGGUACAUUGGUUACCUCCCUGGACGACAACCGGACCAUGCCGUACCUGGACGGGUACGACGUCGGCAAGUUUGCGGUGGCCGCGCUGCUGAACCCGACAAAGUUCAGCGGUCACGAAAUCGACCUUGCAAGCGACAACCUGUCAGCACGAGACGUGUGCGAAAUCCUGGCUCGGGUCAGUGGGCUCGACGUCAAAUUCCACAAGCGCACACCAGCCGAGAUGGAGGAGUCGAAGAACACCGAGCUCUUCCAGGUCUUUGAAAUUCUGACAAACCGUGUUGGGCGCCGGGUGGAUGUCCAGGGCCUGGAACAAAAGUAUGGUAUCAAAACGACCACGUUUGAGGAGUACAUGGAAAGAAAUAAGGAGAGGCUUCUGGGCUCGCUUCCUCCUCGGUCAGCCGCUUUCCUUCAAUCAGCUUCUUGA